CAAUGACACUAAUGAUGGGGCACUGUUCCUCUCACUGGCACCAAUGGUGGGACACUAUUCCUCCCACUGACAGCAAUGAUAGGACACUAUUCCUCCCACUGACACCAAUGAUGGGGCACUAUUCCUCCCACUGACACCAAAUGUUGGAGGAAUUGUGCCCCAUCAUUGGUGUCAGUGGGAGGAAUAGUGCCCCAUCAUUAGUGUCAGUGUUGGAGGAAUUGUGCCCCAUCAUUGGUGUCAGUGGGAGGAAUAGUGCCCCAUCAUUGGUAUCAGUGGGAGGAAUAGUGCCCCAUCAUUGGUGUUAGUGACACCAAUGAUGGGGCACUAUUAUUCCCACUGACACCAAUGAUG